UUCUGAUCAGAAUCUUUCAAAUAAAAAGCCCGAAGAACAGCUUCGUACAUAAAAGUGAGCGAAAUCAAAGCGAGGUGAAAGGAUUUUCAAAACUACAUGCUACACAGUUCAAAAAUGAACGAAAGGGAUCUAAUGAGCUGCGGCAGAACCUGAAGUGCAGUAAAUGUAGCUGGUGGAGGACUAGGCCAGGACAGACUGUGGAGAUGCGUCAACAACAGAAAGCUGAUCAUGCUGUACUAGGAGUCAGAUUGCAGGAUGAUACUUUGCAGUCGCCUGUCACUAAUUCAGAACCUUUAGACAGCAAAAAGAAGAAGAAAUUAAAGAAAAGGUUAAGAAGAUUGGAAAGAAGGUUGGAGAGGGUGCAAAAUGUCAGCAGUGAGAGUUUCCCUAUGACUGUUGCUGCAUCCAGGAGUGAAGUGCUUGACAAGAGGCAAGAAUUUUCAUUAGCAAAUGCCGAGUUAACUGGAGCUGUAUCAAGAGACUUAUUUUCUACUCCAAGCUCUGGCUCUAGAAAUAGUACCAUGGCUAAAGCCCAAACUCCUGUAACACCCACCACUCCAUCCAUAUUAUCCCUGACAAUUAGAGCUCAUAGAACUGCCAGAACUCCAAAAUUGAAGCCUUCUACAUCUACUCCAGCAUCCAAAAAGAAAAAAGGUAAACUUCACAAGCAGUUACAGCUGUUGCUUCAAAAAGAGAAGGAAAAAAACAGUGGAAAAGAGUCUUUGGAACAGUUUUUACAAAGUCUUCAGUAGACUUUGUGUUCACUUUAUGUCUGCUCACUGUAAAAGAAUUCACAAUAAUAAAAAUGAGUUUUGAAAGCAAG